CGUGCUUGUUUUAAGCUAAAGUUUAGGACAUCAAAUAUGUUCAGAGAAUGGUGGAGCAAAAUUUACCCAAAAAAAAAAUCUAUUGCAGAGCCAACAUUUAUUAUCUGUUGUCAACUGCCAUUAUCCACAAUUUUGGGCCUCUAAAUUUCAAAAGUAGAUGCUUCAAGUUUAUUUUUGGGUCUCUGAAGUAUGAAAGCAGUCGUCUGCACUCCCAGAUUACAGCUCAUUGCAACUUGCUUCAAUAUUUAAUUGCUAAUUUAUGACCUUUGAAUGCUGCUUGCAAGCUGCAAGUUUCAAGUGGGAACUCAAUUAAGUUGCUGUCAUCAUAUCUAUGUCAGAAUUGCUUGAUUUGCAUAACUGACCCACCAACUCCAGUAAUAAGAUGUUAGAAAAGGGGAAAAAUUCCUUGGUAGGCAAAGAAAAAUGACCUCUAUCCCCAGCUGUGCGCGCCAAUUACAGCAACAAAAAGCUGGAAAUUACAUAUCAUUGGGCAGUAGAAACACCCAUGAAGAGAGUUUACAAUUACGACAAAUUCUUGUCCUUUCAAUUCAGAAAUUAAGUGCUAGACCGUUCAAUGUAAGACUGCAAGACUUUUAAGCUAAGCAGAGCUUCUUCAACCACCACUUUUCUUGUCGGAGUAAAACUUCUGACUCCAGUUCUGAAAAACAGCAAAUUAAGAACUACAAUCACUUCAUUCUCCGGUCGACGGAAAUGGAAGGGUUCUAUCUUGUCUUCCUCAUCAAUCUGCUCUAUGUGAUCUCAACCAACUCCGCCUCCUCUGAUUUUGAACAUACUGCAGCCGAUCGGUCCUCGCUCCUGUCCUUUAAGUCACUCGUAACCGACGAUCCUUAUAAAGCGCUCUCUUCGUGGAAUGACUCUCUCCGUUAUUGCAAAUGGCGCGGCGUCUCCUGCAGCCGCCGCCAUCCAGAACGAGUCGCGGCCCUCGAACUCGACUCUCUUCUCCUAGCUGGUCCUAUCUCGCCCUCCUUAGCCAACCUCACCUUCCUCCAAAGGAUCAGCCUUUCGGGCAACCGAUUCGCCGGACUCGUUCCUAAAGAGCUCGGUCGAUUGCACCGGCUUCAGUACCUCAACUUGAGCGUGAAUUCUCUUUAUGGGACUAUUCCGCCUUCCCUUGGAAAUUGCUCCAAUUUACAAGUCAUUAGUUUGAGGAGCAACAAGCUCACAGGUGAGAUCCCAUCAACUCUGUCACUUCUUUCUAGUCUUCAGGUACUCACAUUGCGAAGUAACAUGCUACAAGGAUUAAUCCCUUCCAAUCUCAGCCAAUGUUUGCAACUUCGCGUGAUCGAUCUAAGGAAUAACUUUAUUGAAGGAGAGAUCCCUAGCAAGCUCGGUUCUCUUCGAAAUCUAACUCAACUGGUAUUAGGCUACAAUAAUCUUACCGGAAUCAUCCCUACCACUCUGGGCAACCUUGGUAAACUAUUAAUACUUGAUCUUCCUUUCAAUAGCUUAACCGGGUCCAUCCCAAGUUCAGUCGGAAACCUCUCUUCGCUACUCUAUUUCGCUGUUUAUAAUAACAAUCUAUCAGGACUUAUUCCUCCAUCCUUAGGGAGCCUUCCUUUACAAACCCUCGAUGUUUCGUACAAUAGUCUUACGGGAACCAUUCCGUCUUCUCUUUCCAAUCUCUCCUCGUUGAACGGCCUUUCUGUCGCAAGAAACAAUUUUUACGGCCUGAUUCCUUCUUAUUUCGGGGCACUUCUACUUCUCAUUCAUUUGGACUGCUCCGAGAACAAUCUAUCUGGAGAGAUUCCGAGUUCAUUAGGCCAACUUUCGUCUCUCGUAUAUCUCGACCUCGCGUUGAAUAACCUAUCAGGAAAGAUACCAUCCUCACUCUACAAUCUCUCAUCCAUGGUGAGCUUAGCAAUAAACAGUAAUCAGCUAGAGGGAACUCUUCCUUUAGACAUCGGAAAUGUUUUCCCAAACCUUCAAGUCCUUCUCAUGUAUGAUAAUCUACUUGAGGGACGAGUUCCGGCUUCUUUGUCCAAUGCUUCUGAGCUUGGAGAUGUUGAGCUAGGAUUCAACAGCUUCACCGGCACGAUACCCUCAAGCUUCGGAAUCUUGCAGAGUCUAUAUUGGCUUGAUAUCUCCAAUAAUCAACUAGAAGCUAAUAAGCCUAGUGACUGGAAUUUCAUCGCUUCACUAAGCAAUUGCACCAAUCUCCAAGUAUUGGAUAUAGGACAUAAUCUUCUUCAAGGCAUGAUACCGACCUCAAUAGUUAACCUUUCGACGGGGCUCGACAUUCUAGCUCUUGAUAAUAACCAAAUAUCAGGAAGUGUGCCUACUGAGAUUGGGAAGUUCAUCAAUCUAACUUUCCUUGAUAUGAGUGCAAACCUUCUUCGAGGCACAAUUCCUGCAGAAAUUGGGCAAAUCAGGAACUUGCAGCUCUUGGAUCUGUCGAAUAACAUGAUUUCAGGUGAAAUUCCUCCGACCUUAGGAAACCUCACAGAAAUGAACAGGCUUUAUCUCUAUAUCAAUGAGUUAGAAGGAACCAUUCCGCCAACGUUAGGCGACAUGGCAAUAUUAGAGUUGUUGAAUCUUUCAAAUAACAAGCUAAGUGGCAGCAUUCCAAAAGAAGUAAUGAGCCUUUCGUCGCUCUCAAGUUUUCUCGACUUGUCGCAUAAUCUUCUAAACGACUCAUUACCAUUGGAAGUUGGCAGUUUGAUAAAUAUUAGGGAGGUCGAUCUCUCAAAUAACAAGCUAUCUGGUGAAAUUCCAAGCACCAUUGGCGAAUGCCAGACAUUGGAAAGCCUUUACAUGGAAGGGAACUUUUUUCAAGGACCGAUUCCUUCCACCUUCAGUAACUUACGAGGACUUCAAGAACUCGAUCUCGCGAGUAACUUAUUGUCAGGCCAAAUACCAGAAUUCCUUGAUGAGUUCCCCGAUCUACAAUACUUGAAUCUCUCUUACAAUAAUUUUGAGGGCCAGGUACCAAUUACAGGUGUUUUCAAGAAUGUGAGUGCAGUCUCCCUCAGCGGAAACAGGAAGCUCUGUGGUGGAAUUCCUGAGCUACACUUACCAAACUGCACAUCAAAUGCCUCUGCCAAUAAACAUCACUCUCACGAACUUAAGGCAAUUCUCAUUCCUAUAGGUGGCGUAAUUCUAUUUUUAACUAUAUUCUUUUGCUUAGUUGGGAGCCGUAAAUGGAUAAUACACUCCCGAAUGAAACCAUUAUCAAUGUUUUCCUUCAAAGAUCCGUUCGUGAGAGUAUCUUAUGAUGGGCUUUUCAGAGCUACUAAUGGGUUCUCUUCAACUAAUCUAAUAGGCACAGGUAGUUUUGGAUCGGUGUAUAAAGGAGAUAUGAAGCAUGAAAAUGCCACCAUUGUUGCUGUAAAAGUGCUGAACCUUCAGCAGCAUGGGGCUUCCAAGAGCUUUACUUCUGAAUGCGAAGCCCUAAGAAGCAUCCGACACCGAAAUCUCGUCAAAGUUUUAACUUCUUGCUCUAGUCUAGACCACCAAGGCAAUGAUUUUAAGGCACUAGUCUAUGCUUACAUGCCUAAUGGUAAUUUAGAAGAGUGGCUGCAUCCAAAUGCAUGCAAGAAUAGACCAUUCAGAAGUCUAAGCCUUAUCCAAAGGUUGAACAUUGCCAUCGACAUAGCAUCCGCAUUGGAAUAUCUUCAUCACCAUGGGUCAACACCAAUUGUUCAUUGUGAUCUUAAGCCUAGCAAUGUUCUUUUGGACGAUGACAUGACGGCACAUGUUGGGGAUUUUGGGCUGGCGAAGUUUCUCGUGCAAUACCAAGAUGAAUCAUCUCAACAGUCAAUUAGCACAACAGGAAUCAAGGGAUCCAUCGGCUAUAUUCCUCCGGAGUAUGGAAUGGGCGGUCAAGCAUCUAUACUAGGAGAUGUAUAUAGCUAUGGUAUUCUCCUGCUAGAAUUGUUUACUGGAAUAAGCCCUAUCGACAACAAGUUUAAAGAAGGCUUAAGCCUUCAUAUGUAUGCUCAAAUGGCUUUUCCUGAACAAGUCAUGGACAUAGUAGACAACAGAAUGUUCUCGGUAGAAGAUAAUAUAAACAUCAAGGAAGACGAUGAUAGAAUAAUUUAUCAGGAAGAGAGUGUGCGAGAUUGCUUAGUUUCAGUGAUCAAAUAUGGGCUUAUUUGCUCAAGUGCACCACCGAAAGAUCGAUUGGAGAUGACGGAAGUUGCCAAGGAGCUCAAUGAAGCAAAAGGUAAGUUUCUUAGAACUAAAAACCCAAACGAGGCUCGAAGUAGACCGAGGACUCUGAAUUAGCUAUUCUUCAGUCAAAUUCAGAUGCGUGAUAUAGCUGCAUUGAUGUGGAACUUUAUCAAGUAUAGUUCAACAAGAGUUUCACAAUG